CCCAGAUAGGGGAGCGGAGGUGGCGGUAGCGGCGGCCUUGGUUGUCUUCCAGUCUCCUCGGCUCGCCCUCUAGCCGGCACCUCUCCCCUUCCCUCCCCCUUCCUUCUCUCCUUCCUUCCUUUCCUUCCUUCCUUUUCCCCCCCUUCCCCUCCUCCCUUCCCCGUCGGCAACCGGCGGGGGCGGUUCCAAGCAACGGCCGGGCCCGGGCGUUGACGAGGGCCUUCACAAGCCAGGAAUCACGGCGACGGCGAAAGCCCGGAGUUCUCAGGGCGGGGGGAAGGGCCGGGCCGUGGAAAUGGAGAAUUCACAGCUCUGUAAGCUGUUCAUCGGUGGCCUCAAUGUGCAGACGAGUGAGUCCGGCCUACGCGGUCAUUUUGAGGCGUUUGGGACGCUGACGGAUUGCGUGGUGGUUGUGAAUCCCCAAACGAAGCGCUCCCGUUGCUUCGGCUUCGUGACCUACUCGAACGUGGAGGAGGCGGACGCCGCCAUGGCCGCCUCGCCGCACGCCGUGGACGGCAACACGGUGGAGCUGAAGCGAGCGGUGUCGCGCGAGGAUUCGGCGCGGCCCGGCGCCCACGCCAAGGUGAAGAAGCUGUUUGUCGGGGGCCUGAAGGGCGACGUGGCGGAGGGCGACCUGAUCGAGCAUUUCUCGCAGUUCGGCGCGGUGGAGAAGGCGGAGAUUAUCGCCGACAAGCAAUCGGGCAAGAAGCGCGGCUUCGGCUUCGUCUACUUCCAGAAUCACGACGCAGCCGACAAAGCGGCGGUGGUGAAGUUCCACCCGAUCCAAGGCCACCGCGUGGAGGUGAAGAAGGCGGUCCCCAAGGAGGACAUCCACGCCGGCGGUGGAGGCGGCGGCGGCGGCGGCGGCGCGCGGGCCUCCCGCGGUGGCCGUGGUGGCCGAGGUCGCGGCGGGGGUCGCGAUCAAAACGGGCUGGCCAAGGGCGGCGGCGGCGGCUACAACAGCUACGGCGGCUACGGCGGCGGCGGCGGCUACGGCGCCUAUGGCGGUGGCGGCGGCUCGUCGUACGGGGGCAGCGACUACGGGAACGGCUUCGGCGGCUUCGGCUCGUACAGCCAGCACCAGUCGUCGUACGGGCCGAUGAAGAGCGGCGGCGGCGGCGGCGGCAGCUGGGGCGGCCGCAGCAGCAGCGGACCGUACCGGGGUGGCUACGGUGGCCGGCGGCGGCGGCGGCGGGGCGGCGGCGGUGGCUACGGGGGCAGCUCGUUCUAGGAGGGCGCCACCCGCGCCCUUCGUCGGCGUCUGACGCCCUCCCGCGGGGGGCCGCGCGCUCCCCAGGCUGCUCGCCCUCGCGCUGUCCCCCACCCCUCCCCGGGUUUGCCUGCCACCUCUGGUCUCUUGCCUCUCCCCCACCCCCCAAAGAUGGACUCGGCCCCCCACACACAUUUUGUGUUACAGUCAUUGAUGGACUCUAUUUUUUUAUUAUUACUUGGACCUUGGUCGUUUUUAUACUAGCAAAAAUGUCUUGUUUG